ACAGAAAAGAAGCUUGGAAGGAGAGGAAACCGGGAGGAGAAAGGAAGGAGGAGUGUAAGAGCGUGGCCGGGGCAGGCGGGGAUGCGGUCGGGCAGGCCGAGCGUGGUGGGCCGUGCAGGGCAACGAGGAGGUUUCUACCAGGACGUUGGUACACGAGGCUGCUCAAAAGAACUACACUGGUCCCAGUGCCCAGCUAUCCUGCUCCGCCCGCUCCCACGGGGCCCUGUGUCGUUACCAGGGAAACCUCGCACCUCCAUGACGUCACCCCUCGUGAGUCAUUCAGGAGCCUCGGCCCCGCCCCGCCCCCGUUGCCGCCGCGUCGCCCUGGCAACCGCCUCUGUUCCCCGCGCUGCCUGGGAGGAGCCGCAGCCUCGGGAGUCGGCCAUGGAGCAGGCAGGACCCCCCGGCCCCGACGUCCCCGCAGCCCUCGGGCCCGAGGAGCUGGCGGCCGCUGUGAGCAGCACCGUGGCCUGCGCCGCCCAAGCCCUGCGCGCCGCCGGCCUCGCCCACAAGGCCGCCCAGGUGUCGCGCUCACAGGCGGGGGAGGCGCUGGCGCAGGCACGGCUCAGCUACCACCAGGCCCGACGCCUGGGCGAUGGGCUGGGCCCCGCUGCCGCCCCCCGCGCCCGCCGCCCGCCUGGCCCCCGCAGCAGUGAGGCCCUGCGCUUGGCGGAGAGCGUGAUGCUGUGCCCAGACGCGGCGGCCCCCAGCUCCACCCUCACCUGCCCCUGCUGCGGGACCCCGGCGUCCGGGGCCGCCUGGCUGGCGAUGUCCUGCCGCAGCCUGGAGCAGGACGAUGACGACGACGAGGACGACCUCGAGGACGACGAGGACGAGGAGGGGCUCCGGGGUCGUGACCCUUCCCACCACCGCCAGGUGGAGGCGCUGCGCCGCGAGGACCGGCUGGGGGGCCCCUACCUGACGCGGCGCCGCCGCUCCCCCCGGCGCUCGGCCUCGGGGCUGCUGGAGGGCCUGUCCCCGCUGGUCUCCGAGCAGGACCUCAGCACCAUCCAGGGCGGGACCGGGAAGUUCUUGAGUCAGGUGACCCGGCGGGAGCCCCCCAGCCCCCGUGCUGCCCAUGGCAACGACCCCGGCGACAUCACUCGCGACCCCGCUGCCCCCGAGCCCAGCAACUCAGCAGAGGCCGGUGACCAGGACGACCCCGGCGACGUGUUGGACAACGACCCCGGCGACCCCAACGCUGCCGAGGUCACCGAGCCUGUGGCCCAAUAAACAUGGCGCCUCCCUCAGAGCCCCAGGGCCUGGCCCGGGUGCGCCACCUGCGCCCGUGGGAUUCGGGGUAACACUGCAGCCAGCCACGCCAGGCAUUGUGGGAUGGGGGUGCGCCAGCACCAAGGCAUUCUGGGUAACAUCUGCCAUAGGCUUCUAGGAAAGGGGCCUGUGACCGCCCCAGGGCACUGUGGGAAAGUGCCUGGCCCCGCCGGAGGCCUUCUGGGAAAAAGUCGGGGGGGGUUGUCCAUGUCAAUCACAAAGGAUUGUGGGAAAGUGGCCU